AUGGUUAGUUCAGCCAUGAACCAAACAAACAAUACCACUGAUCAAUUAGCUCUUCUUUCUUUAAAAUCUCAAAUCAUUUCCGACCCCUUUCACUUCUUGGAUGAAAGUUGGUCUCCGGCUAUUUCUGUUUGCCAUUGGGUGCGAGUCGCUUGUGGUUCUCGCCGUGAUUUUGGAAACCUCACAUUUCUUGUUUCUCUUGACUUGGGAAACGAUAACUUCCAUGGAAAUUUGCCUCAAGAAGUGACACGCUUGCGUCGUCUUAUGUUUCUUGAUUUAAGUUUCAACAACUUCAGAGGGGAGGUUCCUUCUUGGUUUGGGUUUUUACAUCAACUUCAAGUUACUAAUAUUAGAAAUAAUAGUUUCACUGGUUCCGUCCCUUCUUCAUUUUCUAAUAUGUCCACACUUGAGACUUUGAAUCUGAAUUCCAAUUGCAUUGAGGGACAAAUACCAAAAGUGAUUUGA